AUGUUAGGACGUUUAUUUCGCAUCCAAGGUCGUACAGCUACUUAUAAUCGAGCACAUCGUAUAGCAGCAUCAUUUCUUAUUGGUACUACUUGUGUUGCUCUGUGUGGUCUCGGUCAUCAAUUAUAUAAAGCCAAAACUGAAUAUUUACCUGAUAUUCGUCGACGAGGUAAAGAACGUCUUGAAGCAGCAUUGGCCUUACGACAAACUGAAGCCGAGCUUCUCGAACAACAACAAAGCGAGAAUAAAAACCAAGAUUCCAAGAUAGAAAAGAACCAAAAUGAAGAUGAACAUGGCGCAUCAGCAUCUAAUGAAGAUGUUACUUUUGAUUAUCCACCUAUAAAAUAUGAAUAUCUCGAUAAUACAGCUGACAUUCAAAUUCAUUCAUGGGGAGAUUCUAUUGAAGAAUCCUUUGAACAAGCAGCGAUGGGUAUGUUUGCAUAUAUGACUGAUACUGAUCUUAUUGAAAACCGGGAUAUGAAACAGAUUGAUAUUCGAGCUGAUGGAGAUUUACAAAAUUUAUUAUUUAAAUUUUUAUGUGAAUGGCUUGAAGUUUAUGGAACGGAAGACUAUUUUAUACCUAGAAAAAUUGAAAUCAAUCUAUUUGAUCGAAAUGAAUUACGCAUAAUUGCUCGCGGUUAUGGUGAACUAUUUGAUUUAUCACGGCAUACACAAGGAACUGAAGUCAAAGCAAUCACUUAUUCAAAUAUGCAAAUACAUGAAGAAGCAUCAACACACGAUGUCUAUGUCAUUGUUGAUAUUUAA